CCUCAUUACAACUGACGUGGACGUAUCGUGGCGAAAUUUCUACAAAUCGAUUAGGAUUGCUACUCGUACAGUAGUAAGUGCCUGUUUUUUUGUGAUUGUGUUUGCAUUUGUCGAACGAGGAAAGUGUGAAGAACAAGUUUUACGAUCUGACAGCCGCCAUGUGGCCGUAGACGGGACGACGUCUUUUGCACUGACAGUGGCAGUUUUUGGCUUUUCUGUUGAGCGACUUUAUCUUUAUUAGACUUUAUAGCUUAUCCUUUUCGAGGGACUGAAUCAUUCUUCAUAUCCCGGAAAAUGCCGUACAUUUCUGGAGGCGAGAUCUCCAACGGAAGACCAUGGUCGUUAAGCAAGAUCUCCGAUACCUUUUGGUCUUUUAUAUUUGGCGUCAUCUUCUUCUUCAAGACAUUGCUCCCAUUUUUAAAUUCCGGUGGUAGCAGCCGUUCCUCAUCGUCCGCUGCUGGUCGUACAACAAGGACGCCCGGUCCAGGCAGGCGGAUGGGCGGUUUACCGAAAACGAGCGGAAUGUCCGCACCGCCGUGUGGUGCUGGUGGAUGAGGAUAGUGGAACCCGGUCGCCCGCAUCUGGAGCCUCUCAAGAUUUUGUCUGCGAUUGCGGUACCGCAGAAAAAUCUACUAUGAAGCGCGGAUUCAAAACCAAUACGUUUGGCGAUUCCGAGCGGAUGGAAAGGCUGCAGAUGUUCCUUUUAUCCGUAGUGUGCUCACUGUGCUGCACGGCCAUUUGUGAGAACCACAUUGAUUUACCGCAAUUCGGAAUGUGGAUUCAGCUUACUGUUUAGUUUUUCAGUCUUGGUUCUGUCGAUGAUUGUCUUUUAAAUUUAAAGAUUUUCAAAAGUUUUUAUGAUCUGGUUUGUGCACAAGUAUGAGUUUACCUGCCCUUUUACUGCCAUGCAGGAGAUUGUUCAUACACAGUGUCACAGAUGGGCUGCAGAAACAAAGUUGUACGAUUCG